AUGCUGUCAUGUUGGGGGGGGCUCUUCACGCAUGUUGGACACUCGAGCGCUUCUCAACUCUUAACAGAUUUCACUUGUCAGAAGCGCUUCGAGCCUGGCUUGCUUUUAGACUAUGGCCAGAAGCUUAACGGUGCAAAAGGAGUCCAGCCUCUCUUCACAUGCAAGCCAGUGUGGCACGCCACGCGAGCCGGGCUGCCGCACGCGCGUGACAAGUCAGGCUGCAGCGGGAGCGCUCAUUGGUGCUGGGAUGGUAUCUUGCCUUUAGAUGGUGAUGCAAACCGUUUUGUGGAGUGGAUCAGGUCGAGCAUGGACCACUGGACCAAGACAAAAAGCCGCAUUUGGUAUGGAAAUCACAUUCUGAUCCUGGGCUGGAGUGAAAAGACUUUGUACUUGCUCAAUGAGCUCUUUGAAGCUCUCUGCUCCAAUGGAGACACGGUACCCGUGGUCAUCUUGGCCGACCGAGAGCAGUCGUUGAUGCAGCAAGAAGUGCAACAACAUUUCUAUCAGCUCUGGGAGAGGAACUCUUUCUUCGACAGGCGCUGGAGAUUGUUGAAGUCGGUGAUGCUUCGGGAAGGAGUGGCUCAUGAGACCGAUGCACUGGAACGAGCUGGUGCUUCAAUGGCCCAGGAAAUCAUCAUCCUUAGCCGCGAUGGAAAUCCUCGAAUUGCAGAUCUAGAGACGGUCCGCAUCAUGCUCGCCUUGUCUUCUCUCCGAGAACCUGCGCGCUGCAGGAUUUUUGCCGAGGCUCAAGCUCAUGAGGUGGAGACCGUCCUGCGACGUUUGCACCCAGACCCGAAAGCGGGGAUUCAGGUCAUCAGCCCCUGGGCUCCAUGGACGACCUUUGGCCAAGCGAGGAAAGACUGCGAGCCAGCCAUGUGCAUCGGUGUGCAGGCAGGACUCGGGUCGGGGAGUCGCGGCGCGGAGUCCGGCACCGGUAGAGUCGCGGGCUGUAGCGUCCGAUCGCUCCGUUCGUAG